CGAUGUGCGCCUACAGUUUCCAAGCCGCAUCGAGUAGAAGAAGACUUCAUCAGCUGACAGCCGCGCACAGUAUUCAUAUACCAUGCCAGGAAGAGCAGGUGGACUCAGUGGGUUUGCUCAGAUAACGGACUGUUUGUACAUCGGCAACAGCAAAACAGCAAGCGACUCUUCGGUCAUUCGUUCACUCAACAUUACAUGUGUCAUUAACGCAACUCAGGACGUAAGCAACACAAACAUUCCCACUGUGGAUUACAUGCACGUGCCUGUCUCUGAUGAUCCCGAAUCCAGACUCUGUGACUAUUUUGAUACCGUUGCUGAUAAGAUACAGCAUGUCAGUGAUGAAGACGGACGCGUGCUGCUUCACUGUAACGCAGGCGUCAGUCGCUCGGCGACGCUGUGUCUGGCGUAUCUGAUGAAGCACCGCUGUCUGACGUUAGCGGAGGCGCACGCGCUGCUCAAAUCACUCAGACCCAUAGUGAGACCCAACAGCGGCUUCUGGAGGCAGCUGAUCGAGUACGAGCUCAAAUUACAUGGCAAAAAUACAGUCAGUAUGAUAAACUCGCCUGUCGGACACAUUCCAGAUCUGUAUGAGAGAGAAACAAGAGGCUUGAUUCCACUUUAGGAAAUGGGUUACCAACCGUGAUAUCUUUGUGCUUCCUGUCAUUUCAUUCAUAUUUGAAUGAUUUUGAACAUUUUUGUAGUGGAUUUAUGUAUUGUAUUUUUGGCUGAAAUUGUUUUUUUUAAUAAUAAAGCUUUUGAUGAUGUGCAAUAAAAUGCCACAAGAUGGCAGAAGAUUUCUAGUAGGGCACAUUUAAUGUUAUCAUGGACUCGUAUUUUGGCCAGAAGCAACAGUUUAAAGUUAAAACUUCUUAAUGAUAGAUUCGUUUCUUACAAACACAAAGCCUUUGGCUUCACAAGACGGUACCUGAUGGAUUGGAGACAGUCUUGGAUUACUUGUGGAUUAUUGUGAUGUUUUUAUCAGCUCUUUGGACUCUCAUUCUGAUGGCACCCAUUCACUGCAGAGCAUCCAAUGGUGAGCAAGUGAUGUAACUGACUUCAUACAGCCACUAAAUAUCAUCUUAGGACCAUAUU